AUGAGCCGCAGAAGUUUCUGGGCCUGGGGGUUGGAGCAGGACGAGCCCACCGGCCAGCAGGUCCGCGAGGCCGCCGCCCGGCUGUCACAGCGCUACGGCGUUGAGGUCGAGCCGGUAAUGCCGCCCCGGGCCGAGGACCUGCGCCUCAGGGCGCCCCGCAUCAGUCCGCCGUCUGCACUGGCCGCCAUCUGCUCUAGCGACGACCACGACCGGGCGGUGCAUACCUACGGCCGUAGCUUCCGCGACCGCAUCCGCGCCUUCAACCUGCAGUUCCCCAACCCGCCCGACAUCGUUGCCCGCCCGACCAUCGAGGACGAGGUUAUCGCGGUGCUGGACUGGUGCUCCUCAUCGGGCCAUGCCGCCAUACCCUACGGAGGAGGCAGCUCGACGGUGGCGGGCUUCGAGCCGCCCGAUGGCUACGACGGCAUCGUAACCAUCGACCUGUCGGCGCUGGACCAGGUACUGGAGGUGGACGACAUCUCCCGCGCUGCGCGAAUCCAGGCAGGCGCCUACGGCCCUGGCCUGGAGGCCCAGCUGCGCCCCCACGGGUUCACGCUGCGGCACUACCCGCAGAGUUUCGAGUACUCAUCGCUGGGAGGGUGGAUCGCCACUAAACGCGUCCGGUGGCACAACGGCGCCGAAUCACACCACAUCGGACGAUUUGUCGAGGCGGUGCGUAUGUGCACCCCACGCGCGUGUGGGAGUCGCGGCGAGUGA